CGGUGGAAAAAGUUAGUCGUAUUCGGAAACUUGCCCCGAGUGGUUCAUAACGCGUGAAGAAAGCAUCCAAGCGUGUCCAUUGAUUUCAUUAUAUCAGACAGAGAACGGAUCGCGAAUUGAGAACAGAUCGUCGUUCAGAAUCGCGUAUGCAAAUGGUUCUGUUCUGUCGUUGUCGCUAUUCUAGUUGAACUGUUGACCUGUAUCGCGCGCGAUGGUGAUGGAGCGUUUACGUUUCGCGCUGUUGACAUUGGCGUGUUUGCUUGUCUCGGCAAAUGCUCGCCCCGGUCCGCAUCAUGGAAGUGGUUUCCUAGUACAGAACCAUGAUCAACUACGACAAGAGGCCAAGUGUGGAUAUGAGUCCUGCCCGGUGCUAAACGCAGACAAGCUCAACGUUCACCUGGUUCCACACACCCAUGACGAUGUUGGCUGGCUGAAGACGCUCGAUCAGUACUACUAUGGCAGCAGCACACACUUCCAGAAGGCCGGUGUCCAAUACAUCCUCGAUUCGGUCAUCGAUGGCUUGCUGAAGAAUCCCGAGCGCAAGUUCGUGUACGUCGAGUCGGCGUUCUUCUUCAAGUGGUGGGACGAACAGAGUCCGGAACUGCAGGAGGCGGUGCGGGAACUGGUCCAGCAGGGACGGCUGGAAUUCAUCGGUGGAGCGUGGAGUAUGAAUGACGAGGCGGCUGCGCACUACCAGAGCUUGAUCGAUCAGUUCACCUGGGGCUUGGGGUUGCUGAACGACACCUUUGGCGAGUGUGGGCGUCCACGGGCAGGCUGGCAGAUCGAUCCGUUCGGGCACUCGCGCGAGCAGGCUUCACUGUUUGCCCAGAUGGGUUACGAUGGGAUGUUCUUCGCUAGGUUGGAUUGGAGAGAUAAAAACAAGCGGCUGGCGGAGAGCAAGGCGGAGAUGAUUUGGGAGACGAGUUCAAGUUUGGCGGAUAAUGAACUGUUCACGUCGGUGCUUUACAAUCACUACAGUGCCCCGCCGGGAUUCUGCUUCGAUGUGUUGUGUUCGGACCAGCCCUUCAUCGAUGGGAAACACAGCGCUGAGAAUAAUGUCGACCAGAAGGUCGAUUCGUUUUUGGAGUUUAUAGAUGGUAUGAGCCAGAAUUAUCGCUCGAAGAAUCUCCUUCUGACGAUGGGUGACGAUUUCACUUACAUGGAUGCCAACAUGUACUUCAAAAACUUGGAUAAACUGAUAAAAUACACGAACGCUCGUCAGCUGAACGAAUCAAACGUCAACGUCUUCUACUCCACCCCAACCUGCUAUCUGAAGGCCCUGCACGACGCUAAACUCUAUUGGCCGACAAAAUCGGACGAUUUCUUUCCGUAUGCAUCCGAUCCGCACGCCUACUGGACCGGGUAUUACACCUCGCGACCAACUUCGAAGCGUUUCGAGCGAGUCGGUAAUCACUUCCUGCAAGUAUGUAAACAAUUGACAGCUUUGGGACGCUCAACCAGCGAUGAUUCAUACCAAACACGUCUCGGGUACCUCCGGGAGGCGAUGGGUGUCAUGCAGCAUCACGAUGCGAUCACUGGAACCGAGAAGCAACAUGUAGCCGAUGAUUACGCUCGCAUGCUGAACACCGCCUUCGAAGCCUGUGAUGUGAACGCCAAUGAUGCCUUGCAAAGUUUUGCCACGGACACCAGCAGUAGCAGCAUUAAAUUUGAAUCAUGCCAUCUGCUCAACAUUAGCUUGUGUGAGAUUUCCGAAACUAAAGAAACGUUCGUGGUUACCUUAUAUAAUCCAUUAGGACAUACGAGUAGUAAAUACGUCCGGCUGCCGGUCAAUGCCAAAAGCUACCUUAUCAAGGAUGCUCUGGGAAUUCCCCUACCCAUUCAGGUGAUUCCUCUACCAGAGCAAAUUACCAAUCUCAACUUCCGGAAGAGCUUGGCAGUCCAGGAACUCGUGUUUCUUGCCGAAGAAAUCCCACCGCUAGGUUAUAAAUCGAUCUAUGUCACUGAGACAUACAACGGGAUGCUUCAAGACACGCCCAAGGAACUUCCCGAUAAGCGUCCCGCGAGCAUUGGAAACAACUAUUUGUCGCUGAACUUUGACAACAACGGUUUUCUGAGUACAAUAACCGUAAACGGAGCAAGCCAUCGAUUGCAACAGGAUUUCCUGUAUUACGAAGGCGCCUACGGUAACAACGAAGUGUUCGAAAACCGUUCAUCCGGUGCGUACAUCUUCCGUCCCAACGGAACGAUCCAGCAGGUGACAACGAAGGUUCGCUUGAGCGUACACAAAGGCGAACACGUUCAGGAAGUUCAUCAGGUAUUCAACGAAUGGGUCAGCCAGGUAAUUCGUGUUUACGCAGAGGAAAAACACGUGGAAUUCGAAUGGCUAGUGGGACCAAUUCCGGUUGACGAUAGUAAAGGAAAGGAGGUCGUUACUCGUUUCCAUUCGGACAUUCAAUCGGACGGUGUAUUCUGGACUGAUUCGAACGGUCGAGAGAUGCUCAGAAGGGUAAGAAACCAUCGGGAGACAUGGGAUCUGGAAUUGGCAGAACCGGUUGCCGGCAAUUACUAUCCAAUCACUGCCAACAUCGCCCUGGAGGAUGACAACCUUCGAAUGGCGGUGUUGAAUGAUAGAGCUCAGGGUGGCACUAGCUUGCAGGAUGGAGUUCUGGAACUGAUGGUGCAUAGAAGACUUUUGAGGGAUGAUGCAUUUGGUGUUGGGGAAGCUCUGAAUGAGGUAGCAUACGGAUCUGGGUUAAUCGCUCGAGGAAAACAUUAUCUGUUGUUCGGCGAAAAAGCUUCGAAGUCUCCAACAGCGCAAGCGAAGGAGCGAUUCCUCCAGAAUCAAGUCCUAACGCCAGCCUGGUUGUUUGUGUCUGAUGCAACGAACCUUACCUACGAUGCGUGGCGAACAUCUUUUAACUCUGAAUUCUCGGCGCUCUCAGCUUCUCUUCCCCCUAACGUCAAUUUGCUGACGUUUGAACCAUGGAAGAAACCCCUCACGUAUCUGGUUCGAUUCGAACAUCUUCUCGAAGCGAACGAAGAUCCACAGUUUUCACAACCCACGAGCUUCAAUUUGCAGAGUUUGUUCUCGAACUUCAACAUCGGCAGUGUUCGCGAGACAACAUUGGCUGGUAAUCAGUGGAAGAAGGACUCCUCCCGGCUGAAAUUCCGCGCAGAUCCCGUCGUCCCAACUGAAAAGAUGAGUUCUCCACACGGAGCGGUUCAAAACGACGACUUUGAUAUAACCCUAACUCCAAUGGAAAUUCGGACAUUCGUCAUUGAAAUGCAACCGACCUACUGAUUCAAUUGAAAUAAAAUAGACUUGUAUUUCUCAUAAAA